AUGGAGAAGGGUUUGCUGACUUCCUUGGGGGACAGCCACAGUCUGAGGGUUGGGAUUAUUGGUGGGAGCCACCUUGGGAAGCAGCUGGCCGGAGAAUGGCUCCGCGCUCCACGCUCUGGUAUCCGUGUUUCCACCAGGCGCUGUGAGAGCCUGGGUGAACGCUCCCCAGCAAUGUUCCCCUGGUUUGACCUGACAGCUGCACAACUAGAGUCUCCCUGUAGCCAGCUGCUAGAAAAGAGUGAGCUUGUCCGGUGCCGCCUUGCUCUGCUACACCAGGCAUCCUCAGGAGACUGGGCUACAAAGCAACGUGGGCUGAUCAGCACCAAGACAGCUUUUACUUCAGCUGUAGCGGAGCCUGCUGCGACGCUGGAUGACAAGUCUCCGUUCUCCACAGCUGCCUCCAACAUUUUCUCAGGAAUUCCCGAGGAAACUGCUGACUGA